AUGCAUGGGAGUGGACAACGUCACAAAGAGACUACUUUAAUCAAGAAUUUUAAAAAAAUAUUUUCUUUCUUAAUAGGAGAAUGCAUCUCGAAGGGAGACCUAGUUUUUCUACUAGAUGAGUCUGGCAGUAUCGGAUCGCUAAACUUUGAACGAAUCAAGACAUUCGUCAGCUCCGUUGUAGGUCACUUCAAAGUAGGAAACAAUUCAAAUCAAUUCAAUGUAGUCAACUUUGCGUCCUCUUCUAGAGAAAUAUUUCCACUCAACAGAUAUGACACAGUGUCUGGCCUACAAUCUGCUAUAGCUUCCAUUUCAUUCAGAAGCGGGGGAACAAGCAUAGGAAGUGCCCUUGAUUAUGCCCGAAUGUAUUCCUUUAGUUCUUCCCGCGGAGCAAGAAAUGAUUCGGCAAAAAUUGCAGUUCUUAUCACCGAUGGACAAAGUUCCCUUUCAAACCAACCCGCCCAACUUAAAGCAAUCGGAGUCACGAUAUUUUGUGUCGGAGUAGGAACAGGCAUAAAUUCAGCUGUUCUCAGAUCGGUAGCCACUCACAACGACUACACGUAUCUGACCACGUUUGAUUUAUUGCCAUUGUUAACGAACGAAUUGUCUAACGGAACUUGCGCCGAUGACAUAAACGAUUGUUUAAGUGAACCUUGUCUUAAUGGAGGGACUUGUGAAGAUCAAUUCGGAAAAUAUGUGUGUCACUGUCUCGCCGGAAACACAGACCCUAACUGCUACGUCCCCGGCCUACCAAAUGUAACAUUAGGAUCCAGUCUUACAGUAUAUGUUGGGUCGUCCGCCAUACUCAAUUGUUACGUCUCAAGCACAACAACUAUCUCUUCUGUAACAUGGCACUACCAGAAAAACGGCAUCACUACCACUAUCAACAGUGGUAAUACAACUAAAUAUAGCGGCGGUACUGUAGGAACACCCUCUCUUACCGUAAAAAACGUUCAAGUUGAAGAUAUAGGAAACUAUAGAUGUUUGGCCCAAAACUCAGCAGGGAUAGGUCAAAGUGCAUCAAUGAUAUUUCUAGAUUUGCAACGAGGUUUUCCUGUUUUUUCCACGGUAAGUGCAAAUUACGCUGUCAAUGCUAGUGAUAGCGUGUCCCUGUCUUGCAAUUUUUCCUCCAGUUACCCUCCCGUUGUUGAAGUAAGUUGGUACAAAGAUGAUGUAGCGAUAAAUCCAGUGCCUAAUGAUAAAUACUCCGGCGGAACAAUUUAUUCUCCAAACCUCAACAUUACAAAUUUCCAGCGAGAAGAUCAAGGUUUUUAUCACUGUUCUGUGUACAAUCACUAUGGAUCCAGGAAUAGCUCGGACAUCGCAGUAUACUUAUUUGGAGAUGCACCUGCAAUACUAGUGGGAUCAAACAUCACUACUGGAUUUAGCUACACUGUCACUAUUCCUUGUCAAGUGUUUGGUUUCGGUGUCACUAGGGUUUUCUGGACAGUUCAACCCCAGGGCCAGGAAAACGAAACGGAAAUAGACGUAUCCUCAUCUAAAUAUUAUGGUUCUACUACAUAUUACCCGUCUUUAAGAAUAUACAGUUUUAGCCCAUCCGAUAUUGGUAACUACAGAUGUUAUGCAAACAGCUCUAACGGUAUUGGUUACAGUACACCAAUCAAUGUAAACAUAGUUGGGCGUUACAUUGUUCUGAACUCAACCUGGUACACUGUUAACAAGAGCGAAGAUGUCAUACUUUCCGUAUUUGUUUACGCCUCUCCAGAUCUUUUAAGUUUGACGUGGCAGAAGAGUUCUUUUUACUACUAUAAUUUUAAUAGCUUGAAUACAUCAGAUCACAAAUACGACGGUGGUACACUUGAUUCUCCGUCCCUCAUCAUUCGUAACGUUAGCACAGGGGAUGUUGGGUAUUAUCGUCUAAAUGUGUCUAACGCUGACGGCACAACUUUAAGUUCGAGCAUUUACGUAAAUGUUAUUGUUCGUUUACCUAUUAUAACAACAAAGCAGACAAACUUUUACUACAUCUAUUCGGAAACUAAUCUCACUUUUGAGGUUAAUAUCACAUCCGAGUUGCCCAUGGUUUCUGUCAGCUGGGAGAAACGCAGCAACUAUCCAUACACAUAUACCUUGAUUGAUACAACAGACAGCAGAUUCUCUGGUGGAUUGAUCAACGACCCCUCACUGACUAUUAAUAGUAUCCGUGGGGUAGAUGCUGGGUAUUUUAGGUUCAACGCUACAAAUAUAGAUGGUACAAGAAGCAUGACGUUUUAUUUGAGUUUAAAUCUCCGUUUGCCGUCAGUUACUACUGGAACAAGGAAUUUCUACAUGUAUUCUGGUGGAAAUGUCACAUUUGAAGUCAAUAUUACAUCAUUGACUACUUUAUUAUCGGUAAAAUGGGAAAAACGAAAUUCCUCCUACCCGUACAAUUACUAUACACUAAAUACGACCGAUGACGAAAGAUUUGAUGGUGGCCAAUUAGGAUCACCCGUUUUAGUCAUAAAAAAUGUAUUGGUUACAGACAAUGGAUAUUACAGAUGUGCAGUGGAAAACAGCGACGGUGUUAGAUAUAGCUCUAGCUUCUAUUUAUCAGUCACUCCGAGGCUUCCGUCAAUAUCAACGGGGACAAGGUAUUUCUACAUCCAGAGAGGGACGAACAUAACUCUUUCACUAAGCUACACAUCCGUUCUUAACGUCACGUCAGUAGUUUGGGAGAAAAGAAAUUUAUCCGUAUACACAUUUGAACCAAUCGAUGUCGUGAACGAUGGACGAUAUAUCGGAGGGACCAUCGACUCACCAUCACUUAAUAUUACUGGUAUAUCUUUGGAGGACGAUUACACGUAUUAUCGAUGUAAGGUUACAAACAUGGACGGAGAUAGAUACAGCAGCUUGUUCAGGAUAACUGUUACCCGAUAUCGACCAUCCAUAUCACUUUCCUCGAGAUAUUAUGUUUAUACGGGAGCAAACGUCACACUGCAGACAAGUAUCACAUCCUCCCUGCCAAUCACAAAUGUCACUUGGGAGAGAAGGAACAUCAGUACAUACAUAUAUGAAAUUAUUGAUUUAUCGUCAGAUAAUCGAUAUUCUGGCGGCGAUAUUAUUUUACCAUCGCUGACUAUAACAGAUAUCAAUGUAAAUGAUGAAACUUAUUUUCGUGUUAGCGCCACAAACGAUGAUGGUACAACAACGAGAUCAGUUUACAUUGAUGUUCUGUUACGUCCACCAUCCAUUUUACUAAAAUCUAGUUAUAGCAUUGAUUCCGAUGAAAACCUUACGCUUGAAACAAAUAUAACGUCCUUUCUGCCAAUCACUAACGUUACAUGGGAGAGAAGAAACUCCAGCACAUACGUCUACGAAGUUAUCAACAUACUCUCUGAUAAUCGGUAUACUGGUGGAAGUAAUCUAUCACCAUCACUGACGAUUAUAGACGUGAAUCUAAAGGAUGAAACAUAUUUUCGUGUCAGAGCUACAAACAACGAUGGGACAACAACGAGAACAGUUUACGUCGACGUCGUUCCACGUCUUCCAAAUAUCGUAGAAGGUACAACAUCCUUUGUCACAUGGAAAUGGGUUAAUAUUACACUUGAUAUAAACAUAACGUCAUAUCUACCCUUAAUCGCGGUUUCAUGGGAAUAUACGAUGAACUCUUUUUUGAAUAGUGCGUAUUCGCCGCUUAAUAUUACAUCCGUUUCGAGAUACUCUGGAGGAACAUUGUCAUCUCCAUCUCUAACAAUACAAAAUGUGACCAACACUGACGAUGGAUACUAUAGAUGUGCCGUGACUAAUCGUGAUGGAACAUCAACAAGCUCCUCCUUUAAUAUAAGAAUUGAAACUACUCUUCCGGUGAUAUCAGUUGGGAAAACGUCUAUUACAGUCAAAGCAAGGUCUAACACAACCCUCCACAUCAAUUACACUUCCGGACCGGAAAUGAAGUCAGUCACCUGGGAAAAACGAAGUAUUACCUAUCCCUUUACAUUUCAUGCAGUAAAUAUUACCGACAAUGAUCGAUACAAUGGCGGUUCCAUCGAUAGACCAUAUCUGGAAAUAGUCCAUGCAGUGGUGGAAGACAGUGGUUAUUAUCGAUGUAACGUUGUCAACAACGAUGGGAUGUCAACAACUCCUUUGUUUAACAUCAAUGUUCAAAAACAGAUGGCUACUUUAAAUGUUCCUGUCACAUCAUACACAGUAAAUGAAGGUGACAAUCUUACCUUGACUGUGAUGUUGUCUGACACAGAGAAUAACUCGACAAUAGUAUGGGAGAAGCAAGGUAUCGAUGAUUCAUCGUUCACUAAAAUCGACAUGUCAAACAAGAAGUACGAAGGAGGGUCUAUUGCAUCUCCUUCUUUAUCUUUAUUUAACAUCACUAACGACGACUCUGGAUAUUAUCGAUGUAAGGUCACUAACAUAGAUGGAACAACGACAAGCACAUCAAUACAAGUCAACUUGAAAACUUCAUCUGAAGAAUCUGGUUGUGACAAGCUGAGCUGCGGGGGUCUGAGAGAAUGUGUAUAUCAUAACAACAAACCCACGUGUUCUGUGGUGACGUGGAAAGCAGCGGCUGCUGGUGUUGCUGGUGCUGUAGGGGCAGUUGCCACAAUAAGUGUUGGUGUGGCUGCGAUGAAGUCUCUGGCAGCUGCCAAGUCGGUAAGUCCACUGAAUAUGAAUAGUCCUGGAAAUUCUCAAGCCUCAAAUACGAAUUCAAAAGCGGAAAAUUCAAAGGCUGAAAAUGAAAAGAGUAAGCAGAACAAGAAGAAUAAUGGAAACCAAAAGGAGACCCAACAAAACAACCAUAACAGUGAAAAUGACAUGCCAGAGCCCCAGUACACAGGCCAGUGCCAAGGAGUUAUAACAUCAAUGCCCCCGCCCAGCACGUAGUUUACAAUGGUUAUCAU